AUGGAGACUUAUGUCCGUCGUUCCCCGCCGGCUUUGCCCACUUGGACUAUCCGCCGCUGCGGUUUGCCAUCUGCUAUUCUAGCUUUGCCUCGAGAGCACCCGUCUUACGCUGCAUUCUACACCCCAGCGAUUAUGACAUCUUCGCUCCACUUCACCGGAAGUCUAGACACGAUCAUUAAGGAGAACUGGACGCGGGAAUUGAUAGCCCACAGAGCGUCGGGAAUAAUCUCGGUCGCCGUACAUAUCGGCGGUCACUUUGUGCCAGCGGGCAAGAGGGAGCUGGCCGUGCUCGUCGAUUUUGUCUGCGACGUCUAUACGAGGGAAGAAGAAAAUUCCUUUAUGGACUCGGCGACAGAAGUGGAAGAGAGAUUGAGGAUGAGGAUGUGCUGGACAUGGAUAUACCAUACUGAUAGCGAAGGGUCAGAAUCGCGAUGGAUUUGGCUAGUGAAAGAAUCGAGUGAGGCUUGA